CGACCGGAAGCGGAAGCAGCUGCGCCGCGGCCCCCGCAGCCCGGGGCGCACGCCCGGGCGACUUCCCCGCGGCCCCGCGCGCCUCAGCGGGGAAACUGAGGCACAGGUGGAGCCGGACGCUGACGGGCGAGCCUCGAGGGGAUGGGCUCCAAGGCCAGGAAGCGCGUGGUGCUGCCUACCCGCCCUGCGCCCCCCACGGUGGAGCAGAUCCUGGAGGACGUGCGGGGGGCGCCCGCCGAGGACCCCGUCUUCACUGCCCUGGCCCCGGAAGGCUGUGUCCUGUCCCCAGACACUCCAGGCCCCUCCGGGAGGCCUGAGGACCCCGAGGCCCAGCGCGAGCAGCUCUACCGGCAGAGCCAGGCCUACGUGGCCGCCAACCAGCGGCUGCGGCAGGCGGGCGAGGAGCUGAGACGGAGGCGCGAGGACCUGCAGCGAGCCGGCCGUGAGCUGGAGCGGGCCGUGGGCCAGGCGAAGCAGGCGGUGCUGCCGGGGGCCGCGGCCGCCUCCUCGGGCUAACCCGGCCCUAGGGCUCACCCCAAGCACGCAGUCCCCGGACCCUGGAACUCGUGGUCCUCGCCAUGACACCUGGCUUGGCACAUCUCAGACGAGGGCCUUUGGGUCCCAGAAGCCGGGCUCACCGUGCCAGGGCCCAGCUGCGCCCUGGUACCCAGAGGCCCCAGGGGACAGAGCCUGCCCAGUGUGUGAUGGCAGCAGGGACAGUGCCACGUCAGCUGCCCCCUGAGAGUCGGGUCAGGGCGUGUGCAUGCUGCUCACCCCCUGGCCUGUCUCCUGGGGCCCAAUGGCCGUCGGCCCAGACUGGACUUGGUGUGUGGCCCCGGCAACACCUGCUUCACUGACCACCUGUUAGACUCGGCUUAUUUCAGUGCGAACUGGGGGCCCUGGAAGUUACGCGAAAGUAUGGGGUUUGGUCCUUUCUUUGCCUCAGGAGCCCUGGCCACGUGAGGAAUGAUUGCCCAGCAGGGCCCAGAUCUGGCCUGGGCCUCCAGUGGCCCUAAGCACCCCAAUCUAAGGUGUAGGUGCCCCCCAGGGAGCACUUAUCUGUCUGGUUCACGACCAACCUGUUGGCUGUGGGAUGCUUCAGACGGGAACACAGGCCUGGGCUUCCAUGGAAGGAUGAGCCAGUCAGUCACCCGCCCCAGGUCAUCGACCAUGUCCAUCCUGGCAGGACAGGCCCGUUGUGCGUGUCCCCACCGAGUCCCUCAGAUGAAGUCUCUGCUUCCACUGGCCAUCUGGACAGUGCCCCUGUGAGCUGCUGCUUUGCAGCGGUCCCCCAGAGAUCAUGGAAGUUCCAGGACCCACAGGCAGGUCCCUGACACAGGUGUCCCCAGCAUCUAAGGAGACCUUUUGCCCGAAGAACGAGUGCCCGCCUCGGCCCAAGAGACCCCUGAGGCCCCGGGGGCACAAGCGUUCAGAAAAUGCCACUUGGUUCCAGGUAGGACAGUGGACACUGAGGCUGCCUUGUCCAGGCAGCCCUGGGCCACCUGCUUCCAUCUCGAAGGUCACCCUUCCUGUCCGGUCCUGGCCUCCAGGUGGGGCCACCUGAAUCUGGGGGACUGGGCACCCUCAAGAGCGCCCCAGGAUCGCGUGGGGUCCGUCUGCUUCCUUCCCCUGUGCGCCCGCCCAUCCCGAAUGCUCUCCCUGUGUGAGCCCUGCAGCCCGACUCUGCCUCUGGCACACAGACCCACGGCGGCACCCCCCAGCCCACCGCGUCCUCACCCCGGGAGCAGCCCCAUGGAGCGCGGUGUGACAGCUGUUUAUUAAAGGUGCACAGGAGA